UUCUUCCACAGACAUCGAUUGACAACAACUCCACACCAUGCUUGACCACGUGUCCAUCUUCAGCCAAAGCGGCACCGUGCUAUGGUCGCGCUCGAUGUGCAAGCUCCGAGGGAACCCUGUGGACCAGUUGGUCAAGACGGUGUUAUUGGAAGAGCGCCUUGGACGCAAAGAAUUCAACUACGAAUCGUACCAGAUGCGAUGGAGCUUGGAGAACAAACUCCAACUCGUGCUGGUCGUCGUGUACCAAAAGGUAUUGCAAUUGCUGUACGUCGACGAGCUUCUCGAGCGGCUCAAGCGCGAGGUGGUGGCCAGCUUUGCCGACGAAAUCCGCACUCGCGUUCAGAUUGCGUCGUUCGACAGCACGUUUGACCGCAUUCUCCGCGACGUCGAGUCCGCGCAUUUGAAAUCCAAACGACCCGUCGCAACGCAUGCUCCUGCGGUCGUGUCGUCCAAGGAGAUCGAACUCACGCAAAAUGCUCAUGUGGAUGGCGACGGGGACGAGUUGGAGAAACUCAAGCACGAACUCAAGCUUGUCGGGGCCGGCUCGAAACAGCCCAAGACGAUGCGCACGGGUCCACGGACCGGCAAGAAGAAAGGCGGCAAGAAGGACACCGACGAACCAGCCAAGGGCAGCAACAACAAGGUCAAGACAGUGUGGCACGACCCGAAGGCUACCAUUUCCAAGAAGGACAUGGCAGGAUUGGAUCGGUCGCGCGAGCUGAACGUGGACGAAGAAGCCGCGUCGUUGGCGGAAAAGCGAAAGGAAUACAUUGGCGAAGGCGGCGGCGUCGACGACGACCAUGAAGAAGAAGAAGGCACCGACAGCGUGUCUGGCAGCGACUCGGACGCUGGCGCCAGUGGGUGGACCUUUGGCAAAACGCGAUUUGGGAACUUUUUGCACUCGAUUUCCGGUAACAAGAUCUUGGACCGCGACGACGUGGCGCCCGUGGUGGAGCAAUUCCGUCAGCUGCUGAUCAGCAAGAACGUGGCGUCCGAGGUGGCGCAAGACAUGUGCGAGUCGGUGAUUUCCACGAUGAUCGGCCAGCGCCUCGAGAGCUUUACGCGCAUCCAAACGGUGGUGCAAACCGCGCUCGAAGGCGCCUUGUUGCGCAUCCUGACGCCGAAAAAGUCGACGGACGUCCUCCGCCAAGUGCUGGCGGCGCGCGACCAAGGGCGGUGCUACAGCAUUGUGUUUGUCGGCGUCAACGGUGUGGGCAAGUCGACGAGUUUGUCCAAGGUGGCAUACUACCUCAAGUCCCGCGGCGUCAAGAUCAUGAUUGCUGCGUGCGAUACGUUUCGGUCGGGGGCCGUGGAGCAGUUGAACCAGCACUGCAAGGUCUUGGACGUGCCGCUGUUUGAGCGAGGCUACGCCAAAGACCCUGCGUCGGUUGCCAAGGACGCGAUCGCUCACGGAAACGACCACGGGUUCGACUGCGUCCUCAUCGACACGGCCGGCCGCAUGCAGAACAACGAGCCACUCAUGCGCGCGCUAGCCAAGCUCGUGUCUGUCAACAACCCGGACCUGGUGCUGUUUGUGGGCGAGGCGUUGGUCGGCAACGACGGCAUCGACCAGCUCUCCCUCUUCGAUCGGGCGCUGGUGGACUAUUCGGAUCGCCAAGUGCCGCGUCGAGUGGAUGGCAUCGUGAUCACAAAGUUUGACACGAUUGACGAUAAAGUUGGGGCCGCCGUGUCGAUGGUGUACAAGACCGGCCAGCCCAUCAUGUUUGUCGGCACGGGGCAAAAGUACACCCAUCUCGCCAAGCUCAACGUCAAGACCGUGCUCCGCAGCUUGUUGAACUAACUCUACGACACCAUCCGACGACCUUGACAGUAUACUGGAAGCAUAUGUACUUAGCGUCAUAAAUAUAUUAGCAAGGUUGCAAAGACCGCUCGUGCUAUAAAAGUCCCUAAUAACUGGAAAUCGAAGUGAUAUUUGUGUCGUCCCA